AUGCGAGCUCGCACCCUCUCGGCCACCGGGCUGGCUAUCACUCGAUCCUCGACCUCUGUGUGCACCCAAUGCCUUCGUGAUGACCUGCUGCUCUCCCACCUCUCCAUUCAAUCCCGCAAAUACCACCCAACCCGCCGACGAGAUGCGUCUCCAUUUGGAGCUGCCGUGUCAGCCGCACAGGCCAUCUUCAAGGGUCUGCCGAAGGCUCCUCCCGGCAUCUCGGUCGAUCCUCUGCGCAUCGUCGGAAAGGAGCUGAAGUUCUUGAGCAAGAACAUUCGCCAGUUGCUGGGAUCGGGCCACCCAGCGCUAGACAAGGUCGCCAAAUACUAUACUCGCAGUGAGGGCAAGCACAUGCGGCCAUUGCUGGUCCUGCUCAUGUCCCAAGCCACGGCCUUGGAUCCCCGCAAGCAGCACAAUCCCGCAAGCCCAUCACCCGUCGAUAACCCUCUCAGCGCGCCCUCAAUACUCGACGACUCCAACCCUGACGUCAAUCCCCUCGUGUCCCGCUCUACCGAGUCCAAGUACGACUUCUUAGGCGACGACAACAUUUUGCCCUCGCAGCGCCGCUUGGCCGAGAUCACCGAACUCAUCCAUACUGCAUCCCUCCUGCACGACGAUGUCAUCGAUAAUGCCGUCACUCGCCGCGCCAGCAGCUCUGCGAAUACCGCCUUCGGCAACAAGAUGGCCGUAUUGGCUGGUGACUUCCUCUUAGGACGCGCGUCCGUGGCUCUCGCCCGACUUCGCGAUCCCGAGGUUACCGAGUUAAUGGCUACUGUCAUCGCCAACCUGGUGGAGGGCGAAUUUAUGCAGCUCAAGAACACUGCCCAGGAUGAGUCGAAGCCUAAGUAUACCGACGAAACCCUGGAGUACUACCUCCAGAAGACCUACCUGAAGACCGCCAGUCUGAUCAGCAAGUCUUGUCGUUCUGCGGCCGUGCUGGGCCGAAGCGCUCCGGAGGUGAUCGAGGCAUCGUACGCCUACGGCCGCAAUCUCGGAUUGGCGUUCCAACUGGUUGACGACAUGCUGGAUUACACCGUCACGGAAGCCGAGCUGGGCAAGCCCGCCGGUGCUGAUCUGGAGCUCGGUCUGGCCACCGCUCCAUUGUUGUUUGCAUGGAAGAGCAACCCCGAACUUGGACCCUUGGUUGGCCGCAAGUUCCGUGAAGAAGGAGAUGUGCAGCAGGCCCGUGAGAUCGUCCACCGCAGCGACGGAGUCGAGAAGACUCGCCUCCUGGCGCAGGAUUACGCCGACAAGGCGGUUGCAGCGAUCAGCGACUUCCCAGACAGUGAGGCCAAGGCAGGCCUCAUUGAGAUGUGCGAGAAGACGAUGAAUCGACGAAAGUGA